CCGACUUGAACGCGCUAAGAGGCCGGCAAAAAUGGAUAUGAAGGACCUAUAAUCUGGUUAUUAAUCCACAUCAGGGUAGUGGGACCAAGGAAGGGCUGGGAUGCGGUCCGCAUUACGCUGUGGUGCGGUGCAACUAACAACAGUUCUUGGAACAGCGGCUCUGCGCGCUCGAGAGAGGCCCGGUGGAAAUGUAGAUAAGAAAAACUUGACUAUCGCGUGGCCGUAUCACACACGCGCAGGGGCCGGACAGAUACAGCGGAGAUUUAUAGUCGGCACACAUUCCAUAAGUCCGACAGCAGAUCGAUCAUACUUGGGGCCUAAGUCUAGUCACCGAGAUGUGACGAAUCUGGGAAGUGAUGGAGGUCGAUCAGGGUCGAUAGGGAAUCAUUGGCAAAGAAGAGUUUCUCUAAACUUCGUUGUAGUCCAUCGCGACGACUCUACUUUGAUACGACAUAGGAAUUGCGAUAUUGACCGGAAGGAGCUAAGUAACAUCACCGUGAUCGAGAGUCAGCAUAGUGGCUUCCGGUAUCUUAGUAGAUUUCCAGCGUAGUCCAAAGCUAACGAAUGACCGCAAAGCAACUUGAACAUGCUAGCCGUGCUGAUCUGGAUGGGAGACGGGUGUAGGACCAAGGUCAGCAGCAAGUGCCGUGUGGUAAAGCAGAGAGAUCUAUGCGUCGAGAAUUAUCGAUACCUAGGCAAGUGUCGUCUAAGUUGGGAAUCCGGGAUGCAUCACGCGAAUAAUACCGACCGACCCGCAGGU